AUGGAAGCGGCGCGGAAGACGAUCGAGGUGCUCAGCCAGCGCAUCCUGCCAGAACGACCCCAUCACCUAGCCUUCCACCCCGAAUGGCGGUUUCGCCCAAGCCACGGUGACAGCAAUUCCUUUGAGGAAUGGCAUCAUCCCCGCCUGCAAUACCUGACGCUGUUGUCCGAAGCCGAUCGCGGCGUCCUCUUCACCAAGUCCGACUAUGACAUGCGUGAGGAACCGGUCAAACCGCUUCCACGCGAGGUCAACGCGCUGGCCAAGGGGGGCGAGAAGAAGAAGCUGUCGCUGAGCGACUACAAGAACAAAAAGACGGGGGCCACGUCGUCCACGUCGCCGCCAGAACCAUCAAUCGCCAAGAAAAAGGAAAGCGAACGCGCUGGCGAGCUGUCAGCAAGCACGGGGGCCACCUCGGACCCCAAAUCCGCAUCAGAAUCCAAGUCGGCCCCGGAAGCGAGGAAGAUGGACAAACCCAGGCCGCGAGAAUCAGAUCCGCACGUCGACGCCAAACAGCGACAGGGUCGCGAACAAGCCGCUGAUAUGAGAUUACCUCUUAAACCUCCUACCAAACACCCAUUACCACCCCGACCGCCUUCUCCCAAUUCCAAGAAACGCGUGGCUGACCCGGAUGACGAAUCGCGACCUCAGAAGCGAUCCAAGUCCGACAGCAGCAAGCACGUCGAUGACCGGGUACAGCACUCCCGCGAUGACGCGCAGAAACGCAAGGAUAAAGUCUCCUCGGCGGCUUCCAGAGAUGCGCCGUCGCACAAAGACGAUAGGCUAUCUGUUUCAGCCGCCAACUCCUCCUCUCUCCCCAAUGGCAGAGCCCUUCUCAAAGGCGCCGUGGGCUCCAGUCGCAACAAUACCUCACCUGCACAUCGUCCACGAGGCGAUUCCAUGAAUGGCGUGAGACCUGCCGGCACAGGAAGUAACCGAGUCACACCCACCAAACCUGAGGCACUAAGAUCAACUGUGCCUCCUCUAUUAUCCCCCCUCCACCUCACCUUUCAGGAUCGCGAUGCCGAAGACAGAUCGUUGGCGAAACAAAACAAAAAGAAACCUCGGGAAGAGUCCCGUGAACGGACCAAGUCGCCUAACCGAGCGCAUAGAAAGUCCGAGUCCAUAUCUGAGCUCAAGAGACAAAGGUCACCAGCGAGAAUCCCGCCGUUGCUAUCGCCAACCUUGCCGCCGGUAGUGGAGGCUGCAUUGUUGCUGAGAAAGAAAGCAUCGAUGGAGUCGUUGGAAAGCAAGCCCCUCAAGAGUAAAGAUGAGAGAGAGAAGGAGCUACCAGCCAAGAAGAAGAAGCCUGUGGUUGAUUACUCCGACGACGAGGACGAACCCCUUCAGCAAAAGUUACGGAAGACGCUCAUGGUCAAGCUUAAAGUGCCCAAGAAAUUACGGCGAGACUUUAAACGCAUCCUGGCCUUGUCAUCAUCUACUGCUGCCCGUAAGGAGCUGCAAGCGCAAAACCAAGAACAUACCACUGUAUCGGAAGACACUAUUCAGCCUCCACCCGCAAGGAAACGGCCUGUUGUCCCCGACACGGCGGUAUCGUCAGAAAGCACCUCACAAAAGAAACCCAAAGUCCCUGAGAUCCCCAACUCGUCCCGUCUUCCCGCUCCAACUACACCGUCCAAAAAGGGUGCUACCUCGAUGUCACGCGUCAGCUCCAGCAACUCGUUGGCCCAGACACCUGGAGACACUGUCAACGCUACACCGUCCGCCUCUGCCUCAUCUGACCGUCGGGUUAAUGGCCAAGAUGCAAAUCGCUCAGAAUCCUCCGAGGCUAAGUCUAUGCGAGAGAAAGAAGCUCGGUUCUCUACUCUUGGACGCCGCCUCAAGCAUGAGGCAGACACGGCAAUGAGAGGUGGUGCCAGUGGUAGCUCGCGCGAGCCUGAUCUAAAGAGGGGCUACGUGAUUAGUUUGGAAAGUUUACUGGCCUUUAUGGCCGGCUUCCAGGCGCAAAACAUCUAUCGCGGGUUGUGCAAUAAGAGGAGCGACCCGACUGGAUGGUCUAGCCUGUUCCCCCUGCUCGAAUUCAUCCAGGGCCAAAUGAAGAGGCAGGAAGCGCACACUCGACGAUUCCUCCCUCUCUAUGUGCUGGUUCUGAACCUUCAUGUCAUGGCCAUCACUGAGCUGAUUCGGUGCCAUGUGGCGUCUGAAAAUCCUGUUCAUCCACCCCCAGAUUGGGUCCGGCUUGAGCGGUCACGACUCCGACUGUACUCCCAGAUCAAUGAGGCUCUCAACAACAUUGAGAAUCCUUCUCUGCGUCUUCAUGUUCAGCCGCACGAAUCACUUGAUGAUAUGAUGUCGGCAACUCUUCGAACCCUCAGGCACUGGUGUCACCACGAGGAUGUCGACUGGGCUCCUGAUGCUAACCUCGAAGAGUCC